UUUUAAAAGUGUCAUCUGUGCUCGUCUGCUUUCAUUUGAGUGUUGAAGAUCAGACUCACAAGAACACGUGAUGUCCGUCAGAAUGGCUCCUCCUCUUCCUCUGAUCUUUCUGCUCAUGAUUCCGGGGGUUUAUAGUGCUGAUGAUUGGGGUGUGAGUUACAGCUCUAAAUACAUCUGUGCACUAAAGGGGUCAUCAGUGAUAAUGUCCUGCACUUAUAAAUACCCUCCUGGAUAUAAGAUCGAGAAAGUGUUCUGGACCAAAACUUAUGUUAAAGAAAAAGAUGAAGAGUUUCCAGAUCUGUUUAAUGACCCUGAAUACAGUCAGAGGAUUCAGUAUCUGGGAGAUAAACAGCAGAACUGCACCAUCAGACUGAAUGAUGUGACACAGAAGGAUUCACACAAGUACUAUUUCAGAUUCAUUACUAAUAAACCUGAUGGAAGAUGGAUUGGUGAACCUGGAGUGACUCUUGAUAUCACAGAUCUUCAUGUGGAGUCUCCUGAGAGCGUGACAGAGGGAGAUACAGUCAGUCUGACAUGUAAAAGCACCUGUAAUCUGUCUGACAGAACAACAUUCAUCUGGAGGAAAAACACACAGUCAUUAACUGAGAGAAACAAUAAACUCCUCCUGCAGUCAGUCAGAAGAGAGGAUGCAGGCAGAUAUAGCUGUGCUGUACACGGACACAAUCUCACAUCACCUCAUGUUGAUCUCAAUGUUAAAUAUCCUCCAGAGAUUCCUGUAAUCUCCAUCAAUCCAUCUGGUGAAAUAGUUUUGGGUGAUUCAGUGAAUCUGACCUGCAGCAGUGAUUCAAACCCACCUGUUCUGAACUACACCUGGUUUAAGGUGAAUGAAAGUUCAUCUGUUGGAUCGGGACAGAGUUACAGUGCACUACAGAGUGGAUUCUUCUACUGUGUGGCUCAGAAUCAACAUGGAUCUCAGAGAUCAGCUGCUGUAUCAGUGACAGUCCAUUAUAGAUCUGGUUGGCAUGUAGUGUUGGGGAUCAUAGUGGGAUGUGGAGGAUUAUUCAUCAUCAUCAUCAUCAUCAUCAUCAUCAUUCUGUUAAAAAAGAGAAAAAGAAGCGGCGCUAUAGCUGAAGACCUCACAGUUAAACAGGAUGAUCUCUACUCCAAUAUAACAGGGAGAGCUCCAUCUGAUGUUCAUGUUCAAGAAUCGGCUGAUUGUGAUGCUCAGUAUGCAACUGUUACACCCAACAGGAGAGAUCAGACUGCAGGAAAAGCUCCUGAAUCCAGAGAUACUGAGGAGAUCCAGUAUGCAACUGUCCAACAUUACAAAAACAAGAUGAAGAGACCAGAAGAGACUGAAACCCAUUAUGGCAACAUUAGAGAUCACCAGCCUGAUGCUGCCAUGAGGAGAUCGAAUAAGCAAUCUGUAGAAGAUGUCUCGGUGAUCUACAGCAGGGUAAAACAACCCUGAGUUCAUCACUCGGGAGUACUGAGCAAAUGAACUUUUCUUUUGAAUGUGGGUUCUGUUUGGAUGAUUGACGGAUUUGAACGAUUAAAACAUAGACUGAUACCAAAAGUGCCAAGUAUUUUCAUAAUAUGUCAAAUAUUCAUUGUUAAAGGCAUUGAAAGUUAUCUAACAUGAAUAACCUGCAGGCUGGUGGGAAUAUCAGGAAACGGAUAUGCAUGUUGUAGUUUAUUUGAAAUAUUCUGAUCACCAUGUUAUUAACAGUGUGCAUGUAAUCAUGGGCAAUGAAUUUAACUUUGGAAAUGAAUCCAAUAUGGAGUUGAAUACAUCCGUAUAGGAAGAAAUUGGUAAAUAGUUUGUAAAAUACAUUGAUUUGGUCUGUUUGACUGUGAUAAAACAGUGUUUAAGAAGCAUUAGAUGAGAAGUAAGACACAUUGCACAGUGGCUUUUAAUGCGUGGGUGACAGGACUCGGGUUAUUUCUCAAUACCACACACACUAUCUUCUGACUAUCAUUUUCUGUCACAUCUUGUUUCUCCUUUCAGCUGAAGGCAAAAAAGUGUUGAUAUUUUACUGAUAAAAGACAUAUUACUAACAUAUAAUUGGAUUGAUUUACACUUAAAUUAGAAAUGUUGUCAUAGCUUUGCAUUAAUACAACUGCAUUUUCUAUUCUUUGUGGAGGGUUAACAGUUUUGCUCAUACUGUGGGGAUGCCAGAAAAAACGCAUCUGUGGUUAAAGUGACAACAUCCAUUCUUACACAAUAUGUCGUGUCUUGCAAUUCUACAGAACAUGUUUCCAGUGAAAGAAUACAAGGGUGGAGUCCCAACUUCAUUAUUUGUUUUAUUUAUACCUGACUAUUCCUAAAAUCUCAAUUAUGCAAAUGUUUUUUCAAAUGCACAACAAUAAUGCAUGCAGCGGUAAAUGCAGAAAAUUCAAUGUAUGUACUUAAGAAAAUAAAAGUAUUAA